ACCUGCAUCACCUGCAAACGACGAUUGAGUGACGUAGUGUACAUGCUAUGUAAAAAAUGGGAGGAAACGGUUUGGGAAGUCAGUUGUCGAGUGAUUUCAGGUCAGACGGUUCUCGUGUUGCAAAUUUGGAUUAUUCAAGUUUAAGUACGGUGAAUCCUACCAUGAGAGCGAGCCUUGCCUGAAGCCACGUUGACUUUGUUGCCUUGUUCAUCCAAUCCCGACGAUGGACCAUCACGAGUUCACGCCCCCUCUCAAUAGCAGCCAAUCCGUGAUGAGUGGGAUGGACAGAACCCCUGCUGUGGUGUUCAAACCUGGCCACUCACGGAGCGGCAGUUCUGGCUCCUCCCGACACUCUCGCCAGACGUCUCGUAACUGGGAGGUGAUGGAGGACCUCCAAGUGGACGUGGCCCAGGGGCCAAGCACGGGGCUGGACCUCAGCAUCCCUGGCAUCUGUGAGGGCUUCCUCAUGAAGAAGAGGAAGUACCCGAUGAAGGGCUGGCACAAGAGGUACUUCCAUUUGGAGAAGGGGAUCCUCAAGUAUUCCAAAACACAGCACGAUAUCCUGAAAGGGAAGCUUCAUGGCUCCCUGGACGUCAGUCUGGCCGUCAUGUCCAUCAACAAGAAGUCCAAGCGGAUUGAUCUGGACGCCGGAGACAGCUUGUACCACAUGAAGGCCAAGAGCCACGACGUGUUCUACAUCUGGCUGACCAAGCUCUGCGCCCACCGCAGCUUCAAGAAGAACGAGGCCAUGAGCGUCCACCAUGGCGUGCUGCACGCUCUCUCUCUAGGCAACGGCACCCUGCCGGCCAUGGGCAGCCUGGCCCAGAGGAACAGGGCCGUGCCCAGCAUGUGGGCGUGUCUGUGUUCUUGUCUUGUCACGGUGCAGGCUCAGUACGCCAGCUCCAUGUCGGUGUACCAGGCUGAGGUGGAGACGCCGGCCCCGGCUGCCCCUGGGGUGAACAGCAAGGUGUCUGCCUGGCUGCAGCAGACACACGAUACGGACGCCUGCUCCCAGGAGCUGGCUCGCUGUCAGCUGGACCUGACAGAGCUGGCCCAGCUCAGCCAGAGACUGCAGUGGCUGGAGGGAGACCUGCCCAUCACCGACACAGACCUGGAGCGGCGGAUUAGCAUGCAGAAUAUCUUACUGGAGAAGCCCGAGAAGCCGAAGAAGCCCAAGGCAGGCAAGAUGUUUGGUCACUCGCGCACCCUGUCGAGAGGGGAGAAUCUCGGCAUGCUAUCCACAAACAAUCUGAGUGUCUCCACUGGCAACCACCUGGGGAGGUCCAUGCAGUCUAUCCCUGACUACGUGUUCACCCAGCUCUCCAAACCUCCUGUUACCUCCCCAGAGGCCAAGAAACUGCAGCAGGACAUUUGCGCCGUGUCCCAGAGAAUCCACGCCUCGCUGAAGUCUGUUCACGAGGCUCUGACUCUGGAGCGAGAGAGGGUCCGUCAGGCGUGGACUGGACCAGACCUGCGCCAGUCCACCUCCCAGCAGCUGGCCACACUCUGCAGCACUAUGUCUGAGCUUGAGGUGCAGUCUCGUCUGACCAAAGUGCACACCCUCUCCUUGUCCUCUGAUUCCACUGAGGAGUCCUACUGUACCGUUCGUCAGGACCAGACGACGCCCUCCAUGAACCGCCACCCGCACCGCACCCCCUCCGUGGCCGAGUCCAUGGCGGAGUACUUCGACGCCAACGAGGUCAUCGUGUGCGAGACGUCGUCGGAGAACGAGGCGUCCGACGAGUCGGGCCUGAGUGACGUCACAACGACCAGCACCUCGGAGCCGGAGGAGGCGCAUGGUGAGACAUCUUCCGGCUGCAGUGCAGCUACCGCCACCAGCCAGUACCGCGCCAGCCUAUCCAAAGCAACAGACAUGCCCAGCGCCGUGCCCACCAACACAGGCCGUCGGACCACCCUGGCUGCCCACUGCACGGACAACAGCCACAUCGGCAUCAUGACCAUCCUGUACAACAACAUCGGCAAGGACCUGUCGCGCGUGUCCAUGCCGGUCGCCCUGAACGAGCCCCUCUGCCUGUUGCAGAGGGUGAGCGAGGAGCUGGAGUACUCGGAGUUGCUGGACAUCGCCAACCGCACGGACGACCCCUUCGAGAGGAUGGUGUACAUGGGAGUGUUCUCCAUCUCCGGCUAUGCCUGGGCGUCCUGGCGUAACCGCUACAAACCCUUCAACCCUGUCCUGGGGGAGACCUACGAGAGCCACCGUGAGGAGCGCGGCUUCCGCUAUGUCAGCGAGCAGGUGAGCCAUCACCCUCCCAUCGCUGCCUGUCACGCCCAGUCUGAGAACUUCACCUUCUGGCAAGACCAGAGAUGGAAGAACAAGUUCUGGGGGAAGUCCAUGGAGAUCAUCUCCUCUGGACCUGUCAACGUUACCCUGCCCAAGUACGGGGACCACUACGAGUGGAACAAGGUGGUGAGCUGCGUCCACAAUGUGCUGAGUCAGCAGAGGUAUCUGGAGCACUAUGGAGAGGUGACCAUCAAGAAUAACAAGAGCGACGACUGCACCUGCAAGAUUACCUUUGUCAAGUCCCGCUACUGGGGUUCUGACAACAACAAGAACGAGGUCCAGGGGACGGUGCUGAACCGGGCUGGCGAGGUGGUCCAUCGCUUCGGAGGCCUGUGGCACGAGGGCAUGUUCUGUGACACGCUGCCCACCCCCAAGUGUAUCUGGAAGCCCAACACGCAGCCGGACGACCAUGUGCACUACUACGGCUUCUCCAGCUACGCCCGGGAGCUGAACGAGCUGACCCCGGAGCUGAGGGCGGUGCUGCCCCCGACGGACACCCGCUUCAGGCCCGACCAGAGGCUGCUGGAGGAGGGCAGGGUACCGGAGGCGGACAAGAAGAAGGACGAGGUGGAGGAGAAGCAGAGGGAGAGGAGGAAGGAGAUGGCCAAGACGGGAGAGGAGCACCAGCCUCGAUUCUUCACUAAAACCCUGGACGAACAGGGCAGGGAGGUGUGGGUGAACAAUGGGACUUAUUGGAAGCUGAGGGAGCAGCCUGGCUUCGCCAACACAAAGAACCUGGACCUGUGGUAGGAGCUGGAGCUAGCCUAGCCUAGCGCUAGCCUAGCCGCCCAGCAAUUCUGAGCCCCAGACCCCAGUGCUGAGUAGCCUGGCUAGGCAUGGCCACCAACACCCACUGCUCCAGGAACUGCUACUUAUUCUGCCCACCGUGCGGAGGGGGAGGGGAAACACAGUUUGGUCGCAUGGAUGAACCCCUCCAGGUGUCCAUAUGUGGAGGGGAAAUGAUAUCACCAGGGAAGAUAUGAGGAAUUGAGGGUCCCCCCAUCCCCCGUCCCCCUUUGGUUCUCUGAGGUUCCCACACUGCUGCUGGGUUCUCCCUUUACAACCCCUCGCCUCUCACGCGCCAUCAGCCCAGACUGUGGAACAGUGGGUGGAGAACAUAAUUUCAGGAAGUGUAGAACACGAUCUCAGGCCAACGUGGUUGGUUUUACUGUUUUAGUUUUGUCACCGUCUUAAAUACGACAUCUCUUUCUUUUGAGUGGACUGCAUGUUUGUAAAGAUGCAAGUUUUGAUCCUUUUACGGUACGUUUUGUAUAUUUAAACACUUUUACUUAUUGACUUUCUAAGUCAUUCCCGAGUAUUUAAUGGAUAGGUAUUGAAAACUCGCUUGAGAAAGGAGGGACUGUGGCUUUGAGUGUGAAGCUGAUGGUGUGUGGGUUCCUCAGGGUUAAAACGUCUGACCUCCCUCAUAACUGGUCUCACUGUAAAUUGUAUAUUUAGUUGCUUAUACUUGCUUAUCCUUGUUUUUGAAUGACACAGUGGUGUUCUAAAUCCCCAAACCGUUAGUUAACACAUUCGCUCCCGUUCUACUAGGCACAGGAGGGUCUUCGUUAUGCUGGCAGUCUUUGUGUGUGCCCAAAUGUGCUACUUAGGUCUCAAAUCUAGUCCUCUGUCCAGAGUGAGUCAGGAAGUUUAAAGUGAGUAAGGGUCAUCUUUUGGAUCUUGCUAUCUGUUGAUACUAUGACAUAGGUUUUUAUGGAUGUUUCAACGAUGGAUAAUGAGAAGAGAUCGAUUCUCAAAUGUCUGUGUAAAACAAGUGGGGUAAAUUAUACCUCCAUAUCAAAUGUUCUAUUUUGUAGUUCCGAAUAAAAAUAAAAUAACAUUUUGUGUUUUUCAUUUAUUCAAAGAGCCAUGCCAGGAGUGUUGCACCUUACCCAUGUGAUUUGUCAUUUUAUUGAGUUGCACAGAAAGAUGAAUAUUAAGGAUAAGCUAUACGUCAUUACUCUACAAAACAAGGUUUGGUCUAAAUAAAUCCUGCAUAUAAGAUGUUGAGAUGCAACAGUCAGAG